ACAAAUAAAUUAACACAAGAAGAGAUUGAUGGUUUGGUUGGUUGCAAACAACCUAUUUUUCAUGGACUGAACUCCACAUACCUCUUGAAAAAAAGUUGGAAAAAAAGAUUUAACCUAAUAGAACCAGAGAAGAUCAAACUUGGUGAGAUCUACAAAAAUAAACAAGGAAUACACAAUUCAGCCAAAAGAUCAUUAUAUCGUGUUGAAAAGGUAGACGUAUAUGGUUGCUAUGUACCCAUUAUUGGAUCACUGCAGGCACUGUUGAAGUGUCCGUCUGUGAGUAAGCAUAUCAUGACACAUACAGUUACUGACUUUGGAUCAGACUUAAUGGAAGAUGUGUUCGAUGGAUUGUACUUUCAAUCAGAUCCAUACUUACAACAGAAUCCACAAGCACUGGCAUUUGCUCUGUACUCGGAUGACUUUGAAUUAGCAAACCCAAUAGGAAGUCAUCGAAAAACUCAUAAAUUGACUGCAUUCUACUAUGUAUUGUUGAACAUUCCUCCACAUCUCAGAACAAAACUUGAGGCAAUCCAGCUUGUUGCUAUGGCAAAAACUGCAGACUUGAAAACAUAUGGAUUUGGCAAGAUCUUGGAAAAUUGUAAAAAGUGUUUUCAACAACUGUAUGACGGAGUAGUAAUGACAACAGUUUCUCCAACGGGUGCCAAACAAAGAACACAAAUCAAAGGAAAGCUAGCCUUUGUAUUAGGUGAUACCCCAGCAGCACAGUUGAUGGGAGGAUUUAAAGAGGGAGUAGGCAAAGCAUACAAGCCAUGUCGAACAUGUGAAGUCACGCAUGAAGAACUAGAGAACAACUCGAUAAUCAUUCCAUCACCACUGAGGGAUGAAAAUGAACAUCUUGAAAGGUGCGAGAAUCUAACAAGUGAAAUGACAAGACAAGCCAGAAAAUACUGGUCAAAGAUGUACGGAGUAACUAGAAGAUCAGAAUUUUUGGAUGUUCCAGAAUUCAAGGCAACAAAGUGCAUUCUGCAAGACCCUAUGCAUGUCCUGCUGGAGGGGAUAAUUCCAAUGGAAACUAAACUACUACUAGUUCACUGUGUUGAAAUGAAGUUCUUCACUAUCGCAAAACUUAAUGCUAUCAUUAGGAGCUUUGAAUACACGCGAGAAGAGAAGAAAGAUCAACCUGUUGAAAUUUCACGGGAUAAUGUGCAGUCUGAUAGCAAGUUACAGCAAACUGCUCAGUCAAUGAAGAACCUUCUUGUGCUCCUUCCUUUCAUGAUUGGAAACUUCAUACCAGAAACAGAUGAGAAGUGGAUCAACUACCUAAGACUGAUACAAAUUACGCUGCUCACAUUUUCAUCGGUAGCUUCAACUCGAACUGUGAACACACUGCAGCUUCUCAUCGCAACCCAUCAUUCUGCAUUUAGACGGCUCUACCCAGAAAGGCCAAUCACACCAAAAAUGCACUAUCUCAGUCACAUACCAAAGCAGAUAUGUGAUUUUGGACCAGCAAGAAAUCAUUCGUGUAUGCGGCUAGAAGGUAAACAUGGCGAGUGCAAAGACAAGAAAUAUAGAAACUUCAAGGCCAUCCACAAAUCGGUGACUGUUCAACACCAGUACAAAAUGUGCUUGCAGCAGUUCAAUGCUGAUGGCUCGGCCUCACAUGCAUACCUUUCAGAGGAUGACAUUGUUAAGGAAGGGCAUACUUGCAGUAUUGCUGACAGGGAAUUCCGCCAUUCUAUGAUUCAGAGAGAGUAUGGAGAUUCAGAGGAUGUUUGUGCACACCAAGCAUUGAAAACUACAGAGCUAAUUUCUCGUGGUCAUCGAUACACAGCUGGCACCAUACUGAUAAAAGAAUGUCCCCAGUGGGAGUAUCCAAAGUUCAUUACAAUUGAUGAGAUCCUGAUCUUCAACAAAGCCACAUAUUUUAUUUGUGAGGAACUAGAAACAGUUGCUUUCAAUUCACAUCUAAAUGCUUUCAGUGUUGCCAACACUGGUGAAGUGAAAACUGUGGCAUUGAAGCCAGAAACUGACCUAACAUAUCACUGGCCCCAGCUUGUGCAUACAGUGGACAGGACCAAGUAUGUGAUGCUUCAAAAUGUUGAUGAUGUAUGGCAGUUGUAGCAGUAGAGAAUGGUGUAGACUCUUCAGUUUUUCUCAGCCUUACUGAAGAUG